AUGAAGAUUGCAUCCAUCGGAUUGAUCGUCGCCAUCUUGUGGGUGGCGUUAACGAUUGGCAACGCUGUCGCCGGCGGAGGCGAUUUCCAUUACCUAAGGAACGAAACGACGUUCAACCCGCGUAAGAACCCGGCACUGCGGGACUGUCUGAAUGAUUUCAAAACCUUUCUCGGUGACGGUCGUUACGCGGAUCAGUCCGGCAACCGGGAUCGCGUAAUUGCUUAUGCUUCCGGCGGAAAGGUGGCACUCUACACUUGGGUCCACUGUACCUCUGCCGAUUUCUUCCCUUGCUACCAAUGUCUUCAAGACGUCGCCGUGGUGAUUGAUCAGUGUUGUGUCCGUUCCUUUGGGAUUGAUAUUAGAAACGACGAGUGCGCGAUGAGGUACGAGACUUACCCGUUCUGA